GAGGUUGCCAAGGCAAAACUUGCAUGGAAUAUCUACUUCACAUGUUUUUAGGUUGGCUUGUUGUUUCACUAAAGCAGCCAGAUUUGGCUCUCCGAUUGGUUGCUGCACUUCCCUGAUCUUUCCUUGUGUUUGUUAAACAAAUAGCGACACAGCGUACCUCCAGCCAACGAUCUCAAACUCUGAACUUUAGCAUUGCUGCCCCUGCAUCCUGCUUACCCUCACAGCCUGUCAACCAUUGCAUUAGUAACCUUUUCUUCCCUUUCGGUUGGCAUCUGUUGUUUCUACCACAAAAGGAUGUUGUUCCCUUCAUAAGCACGAGGAGAGAGAGCCUGGCAACUACUUCCAAAGUGUCUUCCUCAGAGCUCCCCUGUGGUUAGGGCUCUUCAUGGCACAGUCUCUGAAAUGAGUAAUGGGUGCUAAGGAUAGAUUUGAGCAAGCUUCCUCCCAUUCUCUGCCCCUGCUAAUAUAUGGAGAUUGCCAGUGGUCAUGACCUGUAACAAAAGCAGAAGAAAAAUGCGAAAUAAGGAGCUGGAAUAUGAGAAUCAGGGCUUCAGGAAUGGCUACUGAUUUGCUUGGUACUCACAGAAUCCGCUCUGCCUUGUUGGAGAUAAAAGAUACAGCAAUCACAAUAGGUAUAAAAAGUAGAGAUUGUAUUCAUAAAAUAGCCAAAUUAUUGCUGAAAGCUAGGCAAAAGCUUUUAUACACCUUGGAAGUGCCAAUGGACAAGCAUUCCAGACAAGACAGUAAGGAAUCAGUUCGGAGAACAAUCAUGGAGCAUGAUAAGCUUUUCAGGCAGCAGGUGCACGAAUUACAUCGGUUAUAUAAUGUGCAGAAAUCACUGAUGACUGAACUAGGUUGUGAGAAUCAUAGUUUCCAAUCUAGAACAGAAGAAACUCAUGAAGUGGUGCAGGGAUCAAGGCCGAAUCUCAAGAGUAGUCCUUCAACCUCCGAGACCAACCAAUCUGCUCGCCUUGAUUAUGUACAACACUCAGCUCCCCAACAAGUACCUGAACAUUUAAGUCUUCAAGAAUGCAAGCCAGGAACCUGCCUAAGCCUCUUCAGUGAAGAAACUUCAACAACCAAAGAUGGAUUUCACACAGAAAGACCAGCAGGUAGCCAUAAAUCAGUUGAAGAUGAAAGUUGGAGUGCCUCUGUGGAGUGCGAUCUUGACCUCAAACUAAGCAUCGGCCCCAGUUCACAUGCAACAAAAGGACGACCUUGGCUAUUCUCUGGCAGCAGGGAAAGACACCCUUCUGGUCAGCAUCCGUGAGAGCAAACUGGUAUAUCUGGGUCAGUUAGAUGAUGCAAGAAGCAAUGAAACACCACUCCACAGUUUCAUACUGAGAAAGCUGAAGCCCCAUAAAAAAUGGCAUAACGAACGAUAUGCAGAAAUACAAGUCUGAAGAAAAGUCCACCUCCUCUUUAGACAUCUUUCACAAAAAGUCAUAUGGCAUUGAAGUGCUUCCAUCAAAUUUUGAUCAGAAUUUUUUUAGUCACUAGUAAUCUGUGUGCAAAAAUCUAGGGCCUCUCAGGCACCAAUGCUUGUUAGGACUGCAUUAUUGUAAUGUCAGGCAAAGCAUUGGUAGCAAUUAAGUUCUUGUUUGUCUUGUCCAUAAUUUAGAGUUUUAGGACAAAAGAAAACUACAUGCAAGUGACGAAUUUGAAGGAAAAAAAAAUCUGAUUUCAGUGCUCUUAUAGCAAUAGUUAA